GGUCAGGUUAACCGCGCAUGCGCGUUCUGUCCCCCGUUAUCGAGCGUUAGGAAAUCCUCGGUGUGGAGAAGAUUCCAGACGUUCGUGAGAGUGUUAAACCGGAGAAACGCAUUUCGAUGAGAAAAGAGUCUUUACUACAUCACACAUUUAAUCUUGUCCGUGGCCAUCAUGGUGAAGGAGACGGGUUUUUAUGACGUCCUGGGUGUGAAGCCUAACGCCAGUCCUGAUGAGCUGAAGAAAGCUUAUCGCAAACUGGCCUUGAAAUACCAUCCAGACAAAAACCCAGCCGAGGGGGAGAAGUUUAAACAGAUCUCUCAGGCGUACGAGGUGCUGUCCGACGCACAGAAGAGAGAAGUGUACGAUCGAGGAGGAGAGGCGGCCAUUAAGGAGGGUGGGAAUGGAGGAGGAGGAGGAGGAGGCUUCAGCUCCCCCAUGGACAUUUUUGACAUGUUCUUCGGAGGAGGAAGUCGAAUGCGCAGAGAGAGGAGAGGGAAGAACAUCGUGCAUCAGCUGACCGUGUCUUUGGACGAUCUGUACAACGGAGCCACCAGGAAACUGGCUGUACAGAAGAACGUCAUCUGCGAGCGAUGUGAAGGCCGCGGAGGGCGGAAAGGUGCGGUGGAGGCAUGUCCGUCCUGCAGGGGGACGGGAGUCCAGGUGAGGCUGCAUCAGUUACUCCCUGGCAUGGUGCAGCAGCUCUCCACCAUCUGUGGCAGCUGUAGGGGUCAGGGCCAACGCCUGAGCCACCGCGACCGCUGCAAAGCCUGCGCCGGACGCAAGAUCCUGCGGCAGAAAAAGAUCCUGGAGGUGCACGUGGAUAAAGGUAUGAAAGAUGGACAGAAGAUUGUUUUCCACGGGGAAGGAGACCAAGAACCGGGACUGGAACCUGGUGACAUCAUUAUCGUCUUAGAGCAGAAAACGCAUCCUGUCUUCACGAGACAGACAAUGGAUCUGAUCAUGACCAUGGACCUUCAGCUCGUAGAGUCGCUGUGUGGCUUCCAGAAACCCGUCCAAACGCUGGACAACAGGACUCUACUCAUCACCUCACACCCAGGCGAGUUGAUCCGACCAGGUGAUAAGAAGUGUGUGUUGAAUGAAGGGAUGCCUGUGUACCGUCGCCCUUAUGAGAAAGGCAGACUGAUCGUCCACUUUAACGUCGUCUUCCCCGAGGCGAACUUCCUUCCUGUAAACAAGCUGAAGCAGCUGGAGCAGUAUUUCCCCUCCACACAAGAGAAAAGCGAUCCCGACAGCAUGGACGACGACCUCUACAUCUACGCCGAUCUCGAGGACUGUGACCUGAGCCACGAGCGACACCGUCUCCACUACAUCGAGGAGGACUUCCACCCAGGAGGAGGGGUACAGUGUCAAACCUCAUAGAGCUUCCUUCCACUGCUCCUAACUUCCACCUCACUCUUUAGAUAAAGCUCUGUGAUCAGAAUAUGUUGAUGAGAAAGAGAAAGUCCAUCAAAUGUUUGUUCUUUGUUUUUUUUUUUGUUUGUUUUUUAAUCACUGGGAAAAUCUUAUUCAUUGUAAUGAUGAGCAGGUUUCUGAAGUGUAGAGAGGAUCAGGUGAGCGAGUCAGGUACAGUAUUGAGUUCAUCUUUCUUUAGAUUCCUUUACAAACGCAGCAGAGGUCAAGGAAGCAGACAUUUCAUUUAAAGCUGCUAAUCAUUACAGAACCUGAAGAAAAACUAAAAGCCGCGCUGGUUUUCCUUUUUGUUUGUUCGUUUCUGCCGUUUUUAAGGAUACUGUGAUUUAGCAAGCCAAAAGAUUUUCCUCAAAUGUAAAAGUAAAAGCAAUGUUACUUUAACGGCUGAACCUUUAAUAAGCGUAUAAAGGAAGAGGGAAAAGAAACGUCUACUACAAGUACGGUUUGUAUGACGUCCUCUAACGGUGACCGUAAACCGAAAGAAAGAAUAAAGAAAAGAAAAAAGAUUUUGGCUCAAUAAUUAGCUUUCGUCAUGUGUAGCAGCAUUUGCACUGUACAUCGACUGCCAUGGUUUUUUUCUUUUAGUUGCAGCCUUUUCAUGUGAAUUAAGUUGCCAAGAGUUAAAUCAUGUUACUCUUUCUUACACUAAUCUAUUCGUUCAUUAUGCAGAGCAGUACAGUUAUGCAGCACUCGAAUAGUUUUAAAUGACUUAAAUGCAAAUCCUUAUUUCCACGUUCGUCUGCCAAACGUUCCGUCAAUUACCUGUAACCUGCGAGGCCUUAUAAACAGGUAAAGAGGAAACAUCUCCUGCCCUCGACCAUGUGUUUCACAGCAAAGACAUCAAAUUAAAACUUGUCUUUUUUAAUGAUCUUUAUCUCUGUUGGAAAAUAAUCUUCUGCGUUGUUGUUGUUGUUGUUUUUUUUAAAUGAUCUUUUAUCUUCUGCGUUUUUUGUUUUAUUUUUUAAUGUGGUCAUUGUUUCUUGUACUUUAAGGUCAAUUUUAUUAAGACCAAUAAUACAUUUUAUUUGUACUUUAACUUAUAAAUUAAACUUAAAUCUUUCUCCUUUA